GCCAGACCCAUGGCCGCCGUUCGCUCGGAGCCGACUCGGGGCCGAAGUUUUCCGAGCCAUGUGAAUACAUCAGGUGGAAUCCCGCGGCCGUGCUGCACUUGUAUUCCGGACAGUUCGAGCCACGUCCCUGCAUGUCCCAGAUACGAAAGCUGAGAGCAAUUGAGUGGAAGCUCCGUGUCUUCAGCCUGACUCACUGAGCCGCUGAACAACUCCUCCGGGUGGCCGGAGAUCGGACUGAGCUCUCCAGCGGUGCCAGCUCCGUGGAAACCAGUGACGGCCGGAGGAAGGGGAUGGGCUCCGCCGAGGUGCUGCACUUCCAGUUCGCCCAGCACGACUCCCGGGCCCUGCGGCGGAUGAACCAGCUGCGGCUGGAGGAGCGCUUCUGCGACGUGACCAUCGUGGCGGAGCGGCUGCGGUUCCCGGGGCACCGGGUGGUGCUGGCCGCCUGCUCGCCCUUCCUGCGGGACCAGUUCCUGCUCAACCCGUCGCGGGAGGUGCGGGUGGCGCUGGGCGAGCGGCCGGAACCGGUGUCCCGCCUCCUGCUCUGCUGCUACACCGGCGCGCUCCACUUUCCCUUCACCGACGUGAUCAACUACCUAACGGCCGCCAGCCACCUGCAGAUGGAGCACGUCGUGCAGGAGUGCCGCCGGGCCCUGUCCCGCUACGUCGACCCCCGCAUCGAGAUCGUGGAGGGCGGCGGCCCCGGACCGGGGGAACCCCGCGCCUGGGCGGCCAAGCCCGAGGCGCCGGAGGGCAGCGGGCUGUACGUGGUAAUCGAGCCAGACUCAGAGCCGUCGGGGGAGGGGGAGCAGGAGGGGGAGAGCUCGGCCAGCGAGGGGGUGCUGGAGGCCCGGCCCGAGCAGCUGAGGGGGCACAAGCUGUUCGGGUGCCCGCGCUGCGCCAAGACCUUCAGCCAGCGGGUGAACCUGGCGCGGCACGGCCACGUCCACACCGGCGUCAAACCCUACCGGUGCCCGACCUGCGGCAAGACCUUCACGCAGAACCGCUCGCUUAAGGACCACAUGAACCUUCACAGCGGCGAGCGGCCGCACCGCUGCCUGUACUGCCGCGCCAGCUUCGCGCACAAGCCGGCGCUGCGCCGGCACCUGAAGGAGCAGCACAGCAAGACCUCGGCCGACAACACCCAGCUCGCCCGCCUCCAGCCGCCUGGCCCAUCGAGCGAGGCAGUCCAUGCCCUCAGGCAGCAAGAUCGAGACAACAUUCAGGCAGUGGCUGAUAAGGUUCGUUGGUACGGGAACAAAGCGAAGGUAUCUAUGGUGAGAUGGAUCGGGCGGUGUGAACGCCUUGUUUCUGGGAACUCCGGAAUCAUAGCUGCUCGGCCCUCCUAUCCGCCGCCUCCGGGAGUUGCGCGAUCAGGGUUUCGCUCGGCCACCCGCCGCUCGCUGCCUCAGCGUUCCGCCGCCGCCGCAACUCGGAGCCGCGGAUCCGCCGCCCGGGCGAUGGCCAGCGCGAAGCUGCUGCGUUUCCAGUUCCCCGAGCACGAAGGCUCGACCCUGCGGCGGAUGAACCAGCUGCGGAUGGAGGAGUGGUUCUGCGACGUGACCAUCGUGGUGGGCGGCCUGCGGUUCCCGGGGCACCGGGUGGUGCUGGCCGCCUGCUCGCCCUUCCUGCGGGACCGCUUCCACAUGGACCCGUCGCGGGAGGUUCAGGUGUGCCCGAUGGCCGGCGCCGAGGUGGUGCUGCGGCUGCUGCUCUCCUGCUACACCGGCGCGCUGGAGUUCCCGUUCCGGGACAUCGUGGACUACCUGGCGGCCGCCAGCUGCCUGCAGAUGGAGCAUGUGGUGGAGAAAUGCCGGCAGUCACUGUCACCCUGCGUGGCCUCGCUGCUCACCGAGGAGGGCGACGGGCGCCCCGCCACCCCGCAGAUCGCCUCCUCGUCGGGCCGGGCGCCCGAGGCGUGGCCGGGGCCCGAGGGCGCGGUGAAGCAGGAGGAGGAGGUCCGGCCGGGGGGUCUCCAAACCCCGCCGCCGGCCACUCCCUCCGAGCCCGACCCGCGCAUCCACUCCACGGUGGGGCCGGUCGGGGCCGGGGGAGGGGCAAGACCCGAGGACGAGGCCUCCGCCGGGGCCACCGACGACCUCCCGGACGAGGACUACGAGAGCUCGAUCAGCGAGGGGCUGCAGCGGGGCCCCGAGGAGCCGGCGCCGCCCCCCGGACCCGGCCCCGAGGCCGAGCCCGCCCGCUGCUCCGAGUGCGCGGCCGCCUUCGAGCAGCGGGAGCACCUGGCGGCGCACAUGGUGACCCACCGGCUCUACAUGUGCCUGCUCUGCGGCAAGGUCUUCAAGAAGAACGCGCGGCUGGCGCAGCACAUCAACGUCCACACCGGCUUCAAGCCCUACUGCUGCGCCGUGUGCGGCCGCACCUUCACCCAGAAGCGCUCGCUCAAGGACCACAUGAACGUGCACAACGGCGACUCGCCCCACUGCUGCAACUACUGCGACAUGCGCUUCACCCACUACAACACGCUGCGCGUCCACCUGCGGGACCAGCACGGCAAGACCACCACCAGCAACUCUACUGACAGCCGCCUGGCCGAGAUCAAGGUGGUGGUGCCCUAGGGCAGGGUGGGCGAGCGGGGCUGAAGGGGAGGGGGGGGGUCAGCCUCGCUCGCCCGCCCGGGGAGCGCCCCGGACUGUAGCCGCAACCCUACCGAGUGAGACACAGCAGUGACGGAAUGGUGCAUCUUUUGCAUCCCCCAGCGGGUUCCCCCGGCUCCUCCCACCCCCACCCCCCCAACCUUCUCCGACUCCUCCCCCUUCGAUCGUCCCCGCCCCCUCAACCGUCCCCUCCCCAUCGAUCCCUCCCAUUCCUCCUCCCCCCGAUCCCCCUCCUCCUCCCCUCCCCCGAUCCCCUUCUCCCCUGUCUCCGCGCACUCCAGGCCGCCCCUCCUCUCUCCCACGGCCCCUCCUUUUGUCUUCUCCAAUUCCCCCCCCCGCCCCUUCUCUUCUGCCCCCUCCCCUCCCCUCCCCCGGCACCUCGAUCCGCCCUCCCCUCCUCCUCCUCCCUCUACCUGCCUCCCUCCACCUCCCCCCUUGAUCCCGUUGCUCCCCCUCUUCAGGCCCUCCUCCUUCUCCUCUCCCACCGAGCCCUCUCCCCCGAAGUCCUCCUCCUUAGCCGUCCCCCCCCCCCGAAUCCUCCUCAUCUCCGUUCCUAGACCCCACCCCCCGCCCUCCAAGACGACAACUCGGUUUCUCCGCCCAUAUCGAGACACACUACAUCACAGGAUUCUGGAUUAUAACACAGGAUGAGGCCGCUCAGCCCAUCUUUGUGGGGGUACUGAGUCAGUCCCACUCCCCAGAGCCCCUCUUCCAGCAAUUAUCGGCUUCACUCCAGCGUGUUCCAAUCAAAUCCGCUUCCACCUCCCCUGUCAGACCACGAGUGACCAUUUCCAACACUCUGCCCUCAUCGCACCGUGUCUGAUCACCCGGACCAGUUUACCAUGGAGUUAUUUUGCCCCAGUCAAUCCUCGCCGAUUCCCGAUAGAACAAUCCCUUCAACCCCCAUCACUCCUUUCCCGUCGAUCAAAUUCCCGUUGGAAGACCCUGAUGUUUCUGUUACCACCCUCCCCCUGCAUCCUACUCUAACGUUACCCCUGUAAGAGAGAAGGUUCCCCCUCCCUAUCCUCCACCUUAAAUCUGUGCCCCUGGUCCGUGAACCGUCCGCCAGUGGGAACACCUUCCCUCUGUUCACCCCGUCUCACCCCGCCCUGAUACCGUUCACCCGACCCCCAUCUCCUCCCAUCCUGCUCUCUCCGAGGGGAGCAAUCCCGGAUUCUCGCCUCUCCCUGGAGCAGCUCUCUCAGGGAUCUCCAUCCACCGUCCUCUCAAAUGUGCUUUCAGAAGAGCAAACCCACUCUCCCCAGCCUCACGCCCGGGACUUUGCUGCACCAGUUUCCCGGAGAGAAUAGCCCACAACUCUUCAGCGCAGCUGCUCCAGUUCUGCGCGUCUCUAUGAAUCAGACCGUGGAGUUCCUGAUCGUUCUCUCCGGAUACACAAUUGGUUUCCCUCCGGCCGGGAGGAAUGUUACACUAACGAUGCCUGCGCCAAUCCGUUCCGGUGCCGAGCUGCCGGGGUGGAGCUGUACCUGGUCCCGCCCCUGCCCCAUCUACAUCACAUGUAACUAGCGUUUUCCACCAAGCCUUUCAACAUAAUGUUGAUGUUUUAAAAAAGAUUUGUAAGGCGUUGAAUUUCGACUGCUUCCCCUCCCCCGCAACACCCUCAGCCGAGGGCGAUUUGAGGUUAGAACCUAUCGAAA